GUCUCUUUGUCUGUCGGUUCACUUCCUUGCUAAGGGAAGCGUCCUCCAUGGUGUCAUUGUAAGUCUUGGAGGUUGAAUAUCUUUGAAAUAAGCGAUGUCUGGAUACACGCCAGACGAAAAGCUCCGCGUCGAGCAGCUUCGAAAGCUCCGGAGGCAGUGGCUGAAGGACCAGGAGCUGAGCCCGAGGGAGCCCGCGGUACAAGCCAAACCUCCGGGCGCCGUCGCUAAGUUCUGGGCAGGUUUUCUGGAGCCCAAGAGCCUGUGGAGGCUUUACACCUACAAAUUAUACACAGGUGGAGUUUUCACAUUAACACGGCUGUUAAUACCUGCAUGGAUUAUCCACUACUAUGUGAAAUACCAUCUUUCUCAAAGACCAUAUGGUAUUGUGGAACUGAAACCCCGCCUGUUCCCAGGUGACACCAUCUUGGAGACGGGUGAAGUUGUUCCAGAUCUCCCUGAGACCCACAGCCAUCACUGAAGCUGAAACAGUUCAAUAAUUUCCUUGAAUUUCUGUUGUACAAACUGUGUAUAUGCCAUUAAAAUAUUCUAAGUCA